AUGAGAGGAAGCGGAUCGAUUGCGGAGCUCGAGGGAACAACCGUCUCGCUGGGGCUCAACUCGGGUGCAAGCAGCGGGCCGAGCACGGGCAAUGCGCUUGGGAGCUCGGGCGAGCCGGUGCCCGGACAGGGGCUGGAGAUGACCAACUCUGCCGGCGUCUUUGCCACUUUUGACCCGUCCAUUGCUUUUGACUCGCUAGAAGCCGACUUGUUCGGCUGCUCGGACGGGUCCGACGACGGCGGAGGCGGCGACGGCGGAACCGAUGCCGCCACGCCGCACUCGUCCAAGUCGCGAUCGUCGGUCGACUUGUCCGGGGCGACCGGCGAGACGGCGACAACAUCUAUGACGGCCGGGACUCGGUCUGGGACCGGGUCCGGCGGAGAGGGCGGUGAGGCAAGUCUUGCCCGCGCUCAGGGCGCAAUCGAGGGCCGGCUGCGCCGCAUGCAGGAGCGGAUGGAGAGCGCGCGGGCAGCCCAGGCUAAGUCGACCUCGCCCGCCGUCUCGCUGUCGGAGGCACCGUCGGCGCCACAGUCGCCGGUCGGCGCGGCGGGUGUGUCGUCGGCGCCGGCAAUGGCUGCCAUGCCUGUCCGUCCGCCUCAUCCCGUGCUUCGCGAGCGCUCGCAGGUGCGGCGCUCGUACUCGCCGCCGUUGAUGACGGUGUCAGAGAUGCGGAAGCAACAGGUGGAGAAGAAUGAGCUGCUCCACCCCGAGAGCACCGCUCUGGCCACUCCGCGCCGAAGCGAUGCGGAGCCGGUCUACGAGUACGAGUACGAAGAGUACUCGUACUCGUACUCUGGCGAGGAGUGCCGGCCGUACUCGCAGUCGUCGUCGGGCUCGUCGAUCGACUCGUGCAUGGGAUCGGUGUCGGGCUCACAGACAGAGGCCGGAGCCUUGGUCCGCAGGCUCAUGGGCUCGUCGUCGUCAUCAUCGUCGUCGUCGCAGUCCUUGCAAACAAUGACCACUCUCAAGACCGUGCUCCAGAUCGGUGACGGCGACGGCGACGGCGAUGCCGACGACGAGCCAUGUCCCGUCUCUGCCUACCGCGGUUACGAACAGCGGCAGCGGCAGCGGCAGCGGCAGCGGCAGCGGCAGCGGGCAGCGACAGCGACAGCGACAGCGGCAACGGCAGCGACAGCGACCGCCACUCUUCUCCUCCGCCCACCACCACCGCAGCUACUGGCUAUGCCUACCACGGGGCGACCGCGCGUGACGGCACUCGAGGUCGAAGAGUGGGUCUGCGUCACCUGUGUGUAUGUCCUGGCCGUCGUCGACAGCUGCGGGGCGCUGGCGCCCGAGGACGGGCUGAGGGCCCUCGCCAUUGCCUUGCUCCCGCUGACGCUGUUGGCCAUUCUGCUCGUCGCCAGCGAGCCGACCACACGCCGCUGGCAAAUGCUUCCGCUCUACGCCUCGCUGGCCCUGGCUGGACUGGCCUUGGCUGCUCCGGCCGCGCUGGAUGCCGACGUCGGCUCCGUCGUCGUCUCCGGCUGGCUCUGGUUCGCCCUCACCGCGCUGGCUCUGCCUGCUGCCGUCCUCCUCGGCACGCUCCUGCCGCUCAUCGAGCUCCCAGCGCCCGGCGGGCCGCAUCGCGUCGGCGUGGCGACCUUUGUCGUCGCCCAGCCGAAUCGCCCGCCCUACCUCGAGACCAACGCCAGCGGCUGGCGCGAGGACGGGAGAUGUCGACGGCUGCUGGCAGAGGUGUGGUAUCCGGGCGAGAAAGAGACGCCAUUCCAGCGGGACCCGCCGCUUCCGCCGCAUCUCGCUGGAUGGCUGACAGAUGCCCGACUGCGGGCUGCCCUUGCAGCACGGUUCUCACUCCCUGGAUGGGUCAUGCGCCAUCUCGGGAGUGUCAAGCGCGUCGCCUGCCGCAGCCUGCGCUUUGCCGAUGGCCUUCCGCUCGCCCCGAUCCUGGUCUUCUCGCACGGCUACGGCGGCGUGCGCGUGCAGAACGAGACUUUGGCCUGCGAGCUUGCGUCGCGCGGAUGGGUUGUGGUCGGCGUCGACCACGCCGGCGACGCAGCCGGCGUCUUCUACGACCAGGCGUGGAACGCGGCGCCCGGGCUGGAGCGCCAGCUGCUGAGCCAUGCGUACGACGGCUACGUGCGCGCUCACGGUGAGUUUGCGGCCAGCAUGGACGAGUUGCACGAGCUGCGCCACGCCCAGCUCGACAUCCGCGUCGCCGAUCUGUCGGCCAUCGUCGACACUCUCGCCGCCCUGCACGCGGCCGGUACCGGGCCGCCGGGCUCGGGCCUCGGCGAGUGGCGGCUGUUUGAGGGCCGGCUCGACCUCGACUCUGUUCACGUCGGGGGGCACUCGUUUGGCGGCGGGACCGCGAUAGAGGCCCUUAACCGCGACAACCGCUUUGUCUCCGGCUUUGCCCUCGACCCGUGGCUGUUCCCGCUCUCCGAAUCUCUGCGCGAGGGCGGGACGGAGAAGCCACUGCUAAUGGUCUCUGCGCCGCGGUGCAUCGAGGCCAAGAACAAGGCGCGGCGUGAGGCCUUUGCCGCCGCAUCGUGCGAGGAGCGCGGCAACGUGGCACUGCGCGACGUGGUGGUGCCUCUCAGCGAGCAUCACGACUUUCACGACUUUGUCCUCAUCGCACCCUUGGCCAUGCAAUGGCUCGGAGCCGCGGGCAAAGCCCAGAAGGACGAGCUCCUCGCACGCAUCAACGGCAUGGUCCUGGAUUGGCUCGAAGCCUUUGCAGACGAUCGCGCGCCCAGUGCGCGCCGACUGAUGGAGUUUGACGAUGCCUGGUUUUUCCCGGCGGCAGCAAGUUGAGCAA